AUGACAUUCACUGUACUCGCACUUGAGAAUCGAAACCCCUCAAUAUCGUUCGAAGAAUUUCAAACCCAUUGGGAUGAGAAAUUUCUGCCCUUCUUCAAAAGCAUCGUCGGCGACACUUUUCCAGUCUCACAUACACGCUACUAUGUGAAGCAAGACGUCCCAACUGGCCAGAAUCAGCAACAAGACAAUCAAACUUCAAGCGUCCGGAAUCCAAUGACAUUCAUGGGCGCUCCUUCCGAGUGUGACUUUGACUGUGUCGUAGUGCUCGUGUUCCGUGAUGAGGAACAUUUCACUCUCUUUCGAAACCGCCUGGGCGACAAUGUGGACAAGCUUGCACCAGAGCAGGAAAAAUUCUUGAUAGGGAGUGAGCUAAGAGUGUUUGGAGUGGAGAAUGAAAAGACAGUUCGCGGAUGA